AUAAAUUAUCCAAAUAAUGGCUUCUUCUUCUUCAUCAUCAUCUCAAAAAUUUCUUCUAUGCCUCUGCUUAAUUAUCAUCUCCUUCUCUUUGGCCUCUUCAUCUGAUACAAAUUCAGCCAAGAAAGUAAAAGUAGAUUUCUACUAUGAAUCGCUAUGUCCGUACUGCUCAAGAUUCAUGGUGAAUUACGUAGCCAAGAAGUUGAUAGAAGACAAAGAUCUUUUCUCCAUUGUGGAUCUCCAUCUUUCGCCUUGGGGCAACACCAAAUUCAAAUCCAACGACACCUUCGUUUGCCAGCACGGUCCCUCUGAAUGUUUGUUGGAUACAGUGGAGGCUUGUGCUAUUCAUCUUUGGCCUCGUUUUGAAGAGCAUUUUGGUUUCAUCCAUUGUGUGGAGUCUCUGGUGGUUGAGCACAAAUACACUGAAUGGGAGUCUUGCUUUGCGAAAUUGGGCUUGGCUGCAGAACCUAUUCUGGAUUGCUACGCUAGCGGACUUGGCAAAGAGCUUGAACUACAAUAUGCAGCUGAAACAAAUGCUCUGCAGCCGCCUCAUCAGUAUGUGCCUUGGGUUGUGGUGGAUGGGAAGCCACUUUAUGAGGACUAUGAAAAUUUUGUAAGUUACAUCUGCAAGGCCUACAAGAGCACUUCUAAUUCUGCUCCUAAAGCUUGUAGUGAAGUAACCCUUUAUACCAGCCAAAGGGGUAAAGCAAUGUCAAUUGCUCCAGUUUCAUACAAGGACAAGAAGAUGUCUACAUUAUCAGGACGAAUUAUUUCAGCCUUAUCAUUGUGGAUGCAGCGAAUGAACGGGGCAGCUUCCGCAUAGAUAGAUGCUUUCACAAUUCCAAUAUCUUUGGAAUUUCGCUUCCUGGUACUGUAUUAAUGAUUGCAUAUUUGCUUAUUUAGUUCAGUAUCUAUUUUAGGGUGGCUGCAGGAUGCCAUUGGCUAUUAAGUCAAAAUUAUAGAAAUCAUAAUGAAUUGCUCUUUUAUAAUACACCACAUGUAUGUGCUGUGAAAUAUUCCAGUAUCCUUUGUUGUGCUUUAGUUGUACAUGAAGUGCAUUUUGAGGUA